AUGGGUCCCCCACCGAUACCUGCACCGGGCCUCCCAACGGCAACACCUAUAUUAGGAGGAAAUGACUUUGCAAUGCCGCCCUGGGACGUUGAUCUCGCAAUGGACACGGACGAGGAAGAUAGACUCGCGGAGGGAAUGGCGUGUUUCCAGGCGCGGGAGUUCGCAAGGGCCAGUCACAUCUUGAAGACGAGUAAGACGCCGAGAGGUCGAUUCUUGACAGUAUACAGUCGGUACCUCGCCAGUGAGAAGCGUGCCAUACAGGACCAUAACAAACUUGACGGUACAAGAAUGCAGCCAGCGGUACCGCUGAACAAGGACCUCGUAGAGCUCUUUGAAACAUUGACGGGUUUCAAGAUGGACAGUGAUCCGUGGAUGCUCUUCCUGAAGGCUUUGCUACUAUCCCGAUUGAGCCGCCGCGCUGAAGCACUCGAACAAUGCAUCCUCUCACUCAAACUUUACUUGUGGAAUUGGUCCGUCUGGAUUCUGAUGAGCGAUCUCAUCAAGGAUGCCGAAGAGUUGUCGAGGAUAUUCCCAUUGAUCCCCGUGCAUUCAACGCACCCGCUGAUACAGCUCUUCCAAAUACGUACGCUCAAUGUGAUGCAUCAACCGACGGACAAUGAGCUGGGGUUGUGUGAUCGUUUGGUUGGGGCGGAUUUCUUCCCGAAUAGCCUGUGGGUCAUGAGCCUCAGGGCAUGUGUCUUGUACCACUUGCACGAUUUUGGCCAGGCAGAACAGCAAUUCCAGAAGAUCCUCGCGCGCGAUCCAUAUCGAAUUGAUGACAUCGACAUCUAUUCCAACAUCCUCUACGUAACAGAGAACCGCCUUCAACUCUCGAAACUCGCGCACGACUUCCUAGCUAUCGACAAAGACCGCCCUGAAGUUUGCUGUCUCGUCGGCAACCACUACUCAUUGAGAGCGGAACAUGAGAAAGCGAUCAAGUACUUCAAGAGGGCAACGGAUCUCGACAGAACGUAUCUGAGCGCUUGGACGUUGAUGGGCCAUGAGUAUGUCGAGAUGAAGAAUUCGCAUGCGGCUAUCGAGGCGUAUAGGCGCGCUGUUGACUGCAACCGCAAAGACUAUCGUGCCUGGUAUGGCCUGGGACAGGCGUAUGAGCUUUUGAACAUGCAUCAAUAUGCGUUGUACUACUACCAACAUGCUACUGCGCUACGGCCAUACGAUGUUCGCUUAUGGCAAGCGCAAGGUGCGAGCUAUGAAGAGAUGGGCCGACCACAAGAGGCGAUCGAAUGCUUCAAGCGGGCUUUGCUAGGCGCAGAUGCGAACGAGGUCACGAUAGACCUCAAGAUCGCGAAGCUGCACGACGACUUGGGACAAUAUGCCGAAGCCGCAUCAUACCAUAUGCGCGUCAUCGACCUAUCUGCCGCAGCCCUCAAACCCGUGGCAGAGUACGCACGUUCAUGCAUAUACAUUGCCAAGCACCACCUCUAUCAUGGCGGCGACGAUUUUGAGACAGCCCGUUCACUGGCCGAGAGCGUAGCGAAGAGCAACUCGGAGCACGCGGACGCGGCGACGGACUUGAUGAAGAGAAUAGUGCAUGAGAUACACCAACGGCGGAUGAGGGACAUUCACGAGCAAAAUCAACGUCUACAAAGACUAAAUACGCGCGAUGCUGCCACCCUGCACCUUGUCCAGUAA